GGCGGGAGCGGCCACGGGGCGCGUUCUUCCUACCGCGGCGUCCUUCGCCAGCGGCAGCGGGAUCCGCGGGACGGCCGUGGAAAGCGGGCUCGCCGGUCUUCGCGGGCGGGCUUGGUGGGCGAGCAGCGUUGCCGGGAGGGUUUGUUUGUACCUUGUCACUUCCCCCCCCUCCAGUGAGGGUGGUAGUGCCCGAAGUACACGCCGCGCGGGGCGCCGCCGCUUCUAUAAGCGCGGCCGCGGGGCGGGCACGGGCCUAGCUGCGCUGCUGAUCCCGCCCAGCCCGCCCGAUCCCUGCCGGUCCCGCUCCGUCCCGCCGGGAGCAUGUACCAGAGCUCCGCGCGCUGCCUCUGCUCGGCCCUUCCCGCCGCGCUCUGCUGCGCUCCCGCCGCCGCCUCGGUCUCCCGCCUGCCGCUGCCCCCAGGCCCCGCCGCCCCGCAGGCAGCAGCGGGCGGCCCGCCCGCCCCGGGGACGCCGCCCCGCACAGUGUGUUCCAUGGGAAACAGCACAAGCCGGCUCUACAGCGUACUCGCCAAGACGCUGAGCAGUGGUGCUGUAUCCCAGCACCAGAACUGCCUGGAGCAGGUGGACUCAGCACAGCUGGAUCCUAUAGACCCCAAGGAUUUGCUGGAGGAGUGUCAGAUUGUUCUGCAGAAGCGGCCACCCCGCUUUCAGAGGAACUUUGUGAACCUGAAGAAAAAUACCACCAGUAACCACCGCCCCAUCCGGGUCAUGCAGUGGAACAUCCUCGCCCAAGCUCUCGGGGAAGGCAAAGACAACUUUGUUCAGUGCCCCAUGGAAGCUCUGAAAUGGGAGGAGAGGAAGUGCCUUAUCCUGGAGGAAAUCCUUGCAUACAAGCCCGACAUCUUGUGCCUUCAGGAAGUCGACCACUACUUUGACACCUUUGAGCCGCUCCUCAGCCGCUUGGGCUACCAGUGCACUUUCUUCCCAAAGCCAUGGUCACCGUGCCUCGAUGUGGAGCAUAACAACGGGCCAGAUGGCUGCGCCAUGUUCUUCCUCAAGGAACGCUUUCAGCUCGUCAACAGUGCCAACAUCCGUCUGACCGCCAUGAAGCUGAAGACCAACCAGGUGGCCAUUGCUCAGACGCUGAAGUGCCACGAAACCGGGAGGCUCUUCUGCAUCGCCGUCACCCACCUGAAAGCCCGCACGGGCUGGGAGAGGUUCCGCUCUGCUCAGGGCUGUGACCUCCUCCAGAACCUGAAGAACAUCACCCAGGGAGCAAAGAUCCCCCUGAUUGUCUGCGGAGACUUCAAUGCAGAGCCAACCGAGGAGGUCUACAGGGAGUUUUCGAACUCUAGCCUCAAUUUAAACAGUGCAUACAAGCUGCUGAGCCCCGAUGGACAGUCGGAGCCCCCCUACACCACCUGGAAGAUCCGGCCCUCUGGAGAGUGCCGGCACACGCUGGAUUAUAUCUGGUAUUCCCAGCAUGCCUUGAAUGUGAACUCAGCCCUGGGCUUGCUGACUGAAGAGCAAAUUGGGCCCAACAGGCUGCCCUCAUUCAAUUACCCUUCCGAUCACCUGUCCCUUGUGUGUGACUUUAGUUUUAAUCAGGACCCUGACAGACUGCUGUAAUGUCUUAGAACACCACCUGGUAUUGCAGUGUCUGAACUCUCCAGUCUUUCAUUUUAGAGAAAACCUUUGAAGCUAGAUGCUAUUGAAAGAUGAAGAAAUAGUGUUGACUGACCAUUAUUUCAGGCACUUGUUUGGAGUUACACUUGCUGUUCAGCCCUCAUUAAUGUUCAGCCUUCAAGGGAGGAAGAAGGAAGCCAGUGUUCUUGUCGUGCUCUUCUUGCCACAUCAGGAUUUGAAAACUACUUUAUUCUUUCACUAAGCCCCUGUUGCAGCGCGCUUUUAUACUUUGUAAUACUUUGUAAUAGUUGGAUUUUGUACCCCCUUCC